GACAUGGUGGGCGACACAAUAAUAACUCGUUGAAAACUUUUUUGGAGUGUGAAAUGAUAAGAGGAAGAAAGCGCCUAAACUCGGAAGGAAAUGGACGUUCAAGAUUGAAUAAGGAAAAAUCGAACGAUGUGAAGGAAAUGGAUAUUGAUUACUGCAGAUUUUUUCAUUUUCAUUUUCCCUAGCUGAUCAAGAGGAAAAACGAAAAAGGACCGACAAAAAUUAUUAACAGGAAAGAGGAAGAAAGGGUCUGAAUGGAAUCCCUGAAGGAGUGAGGCGUGAGGAAUAGUAUAUCUAACUUUCAAACCAGCCAUUCUUUUUUAAGUUCUUUUUAAGUUGGUCUACAGGUGAGCUCGCCUCUACUGCACAUUGAGACUUUCAAGCUGCAGUUUUGGAACACAGCUCGUCCAACCCUAUUAAGGAUGACAAAACUUAUUCUAUCACAAUACCGCUAUAGUGAUUACAACAUUUAUGACAGUUGGAGUGUGUUGAUGGAAAGCUAUUUGUUAGCUCAAGAUCUUUGGGACAUUGUCCAAGCAACCACCGAACCUCCUAAACCAGAAGAUGAUGUUGAAUUUAAGGCUUGGACCAAAAAAAAUGCUGCAGCUUUAUAUGCAAUUCAAAGUAGAUGCGACGAGGACAUACUCUUGGAGAUUAAGGGAAUCAGUUCCGCUAGAAUUGUUUGGGAUGCAUUAGCUACAAAGUAUGGGCCAAAGUCCCCAACAGACAUGCCAGGUCAAGGUGACUCCAAACCAGACAUCCCACGUGACUCUCCAUCAGACAGCCCACGUCACCUCAAUUCAGACAUCCCAGCGGAAAACUGCUCACACGUAAGCACUGUAAUCCCCGAAUAUGAUCCCUUACGUGUGGCUAUCAAUAGUGGUGACUGGGAUGCUGCAAGCGAUUUCCUUAGGAGAGAAGAUGAUGCAAAGAGAGCAAGAAUUUCAGUCAAUGGACGUAGAGUUCUUCACGUGGCUGUCUUUGCGGGACAUAUGGAAAUUGUGGAAAAGUUAGUGCAGUUAUUGUCGGUAGCAGAGUUGGAAAAAAGAGACGAUUUUGGUUUGACAGCUCUAGCCCAGGCUGUUAUUCUACAAAAUAUUCGGAUGGUAGAUUGCAUGCUUACAAAGAACACUAACUUACUUAACAUCCGAGACAGUAAGAAACGUAUUCCACUUAUAACGGCUCUAAAGUUUGGAAAUAUAGAAGUGGCUCGCCAUCUCUAUUUUGUCUCUCUAGAAAAUCAUCAAACAUUAAGUGACAUUGAUGCUUCCACGGCUCUUACCGGGUUCAUACUUCUCAAUAAUUUUGAUGUUGCUCUGGACUUGCUCAAGCGUUACCCAAGUUCUGCUAUUGUUCCGAACAUGUAUAAGAGCUCCCCUUUGGCAGCAUUGGCUUCCAAGUCUUCUGCAUUCCCCAGUGGGAACCAGCUCUCGUUCUGGGAAAAGUGGAUCUAUGCCUGUAUAUCCAUUCCAUCAACAGAUUCCACCAAUGAUAUUCAGAUAGAUAUCCACCAAAGUGAUCACGUAAAGAUGAGCGGAUCAGGAAUCAAGAAACAUUUAUAUGAAACAAAGUUGCUUCAUCACCAAGCCAGACAACUUCUAGUUCAAAUGUGCAGCGAAGUAAGGAAAAUGGAUAGAGAUUGUGUUAAUGAAGCCAUCCUCCAAGCCGUCGAGGGAGGAGUUGUUGAGUUUAUUGAUGAGAUAGUUAAAGUAGAUGGCCGGCUUCUCUAUUCCACUGAUGCAGAGGGAAGAAACUUAUUUUUUUAUGCUGUCCUACAUCGCCAAGCUAAAAUAUUUAGCUUUAUAUACCGACUUGAUGUGAAGAGUUUAAUUACAAAUGCUCUGGAUAGCUCAAGUAACACUAUCUUGCACAUGGUAGCGAUGUUAGAACAUUCCACUGAACGUGAUCGAAUUACAGGUGCUGCUUUGAAAAUGCAGAGCGAACUUCGAUGGUUUAAGGAUGUGGAGAAAGUUUGCCUUCCUUGGAUUCACGAUAUUCGAAAUGAUACAAAUAUGACAGCCAAAGAACUUUUUAUCCAUAACCACAAGGACAUGUUGAAGGAAGGAGAGAAAUGGAUGAAGGGCACCGCAACUUCUUGUACAGUGGUAGGAGCUCUGAUUAUUACCAUUAUGUUCACUGCAGCAUUUACUGUUCCAGGUGGUAACAAUCAAACUACAGGAUUUCCAAUAUUCUCAGAUAAAAAGUUGUUUACGGUUUUUAUCAUAUUUGAUGCAUUAUCACUUUUUUCUGCAUCAACUUCAGUAUUGAUCUUUUUGGGAAUGGUUACAUCGCGCUAUGCAGAAGACGAUUUUUCACGAUCCUUGCCUCUUAAGAUGAUAAUAGGACAUUACACUCUUUUCUUCUCUAUUGCAACUAUGAUGGUCGCCUUCUGCGCUGGUCUUUUCAUUAUGGUACCCAAAAAAUCAUGGAUGGUCAUUCCUGCCAUUUGCCUUGCUAGUGUUACUGUCAUCCAAUUCGCUUGUAUGCUAUUUCCCCUUCUUGUCUACAUGUUGAAACAAAUCUCAACAUAUCGACUAGGUACGAGGCAUCUUCAUCGUUUGUUCUAAGCAAUUUAUUUUUAGAUUUGAUGCAGACGUGUUGCUUAAUAGUUUGGGUUACUAAAGACAAUAUGAAUUUACAAUGAACAAUUGGUGAUGAUUCAGUUUGUGAUGUAUUAAGCAGUUGGGUCUCAUUGUUUAGUGGUUUAGACAUUUUAUGACGAGAUAAAUAAAUCUAUUAGCUAGUCA